AUGAAGAUGUUGUUGACAUUUAUUCUAAUAAUUACUGAGAUAUACAUUUCUACGGCUCAGAAACCAGCUCUCAAGUCUGCGGAUCUUGUUUUUUUGGUUGCUAGCAGUAAUGCAUCAUCCCGUUAUGUCAAAACAUUUAUUAGCAAAACAAUAAGUAGUUUAUCUCUAGGCACAAAUGAGUAUCGUGUAGCACUUGCCCAAUUCAGUGAUCAGGUAUACAAUGAAUUCCACCUGGAUACCUACAAAGGGAAGAAUCCAAUGUUGAACCACAUCAAAAGUAAAUUGGUGUUUAGGAGUGGCCCCUUGCAAACUGGCAGUGCUCUCCAGAAGAUUCAGGAGACUUUUGACUGGAAACCAACCACAGGAAAAGACAGGUCCAAGAUUUUGAUAGUUAUGACAUCUCAACCAUCUGAGGAUGAUGUGAAAGAAGCUGCCCAGAUGUUGCAAAAGGCUGGAGUGAAGAUUGUUGCACUGGGGAUGGAGAAUGCUUCACAUGAUGAACUACUUCUCAUAGCCACAAAACCAUUUUCUUUCUUUUUCCCUAGAAUAGAAGAACUCAAUUUAUUUUCUCAGAACAUUUCUGAGAUCAUUGUUGAUGCUAUUUCCAUUGACAGUAACAACCCAGAUCCAUCAAAUACUACUUCUGUGAACAAAGUGAAUAAUGGAACAGCACUGGAAGCUUGCAAUGCUGACGCAGUUGCUGAUGUGGUCUUCAUAGUUGAUGUGGGUUCUUCACAAACAGAACUUGAGAAGAUCCAAAUAUUUUUAGAAAAGCUUGUGUUGUCUUUGGAUGUGAAGGAAAAAUGUGUGAGGACUGGUUUAGUGACUUACAGCACCAAAUCCCAGGUGGCAUCUUUACUGAGAAUGGCAACAGAUAAUACUCAUGUUCUGCAGAACAUACGAAGCCUUUCUUCCAAGCCAGGAGAGGCCAACACGGGUUCCGUCAUUCGUUUCACAAGGCAAAAAGUCUUCUCUGAAAUUGCAGGAAGCAGGAAGUCUCAAGGGGUAGAACAAAUAGCCAUCGUGAUCACCCAUAGGUCUUCAGAAGAUGAUGUGAGUGAUGCAGCAACUGCUCUGAGGAGGGCUGGUGUGACUAUAUUUGCCGUUGGCAUUGAAGGAGCCAAUGCCACCCAGUUAGCCCAAAUAGCUGCUUACCCACCAGAAAAAUAUAUUACUAAUCUAAAAAAGUUUUCCCAUUUGCCACAUAAGACUUCGGUUUUUCAUAAGAAGAUCAUGAAUCAAAUACAGCAAAAGCUCUACAUGGACACUCAAAAAGCAGAUCUUCUCAAAAGAGGAUGUGUGGAUACAGAAGAAGCUGAUAUUUAUUUUCUCGCUGGUGGUUCAUCAAGUCUGGAUUAUUUUGACUUUUUGGAUCUAAAACGGUUUUUGAAAGAAGUGGUCAAAUUUUUUAUGAUUGGACCAAACAGGGUUCGGUUUGGAGUUGUACAGUAUGCUGAAGUCAGUGAGCUGGAAUUUGGACCUGAGGAAUAUGGUAAAACAAGUGAUAUCUUGAAAGCCAUUGAUAACAUCCGCCAAAUAGGUGGAAGCCUUCACACAGGAAAAGCUCUGACAUUUAUUCAACCUUUGUUAAGGAAGUCACAAGGUCAGCGUUCCAGAAGUGUGCCCUGCCAUGUGGUGGUGUUGACAGACCAGAAAUCAGAGGAUCCUGUGAAGGAACCUGCCGAGAGGUUGAGGAAUAAGAUGAUCAACAUGUAUGCCAUUGGUGUUAGACAUGCCAAUGAGUCACAGAUUUAUGAGAUUGCAGAGUCCCAAGACAGAGCUUAUUUUGUGAAUGAUUUUGCCUCUUUGAAGCAUAUAAAGAAUGAAGUAGUCCGAGAUAUCUGUGCUGUAGAAGCCUGCAAGGAAAAGAAAAGUGACAUUCUCUUUCUGGUGGAUAGCUCUAGUAAGAUAGGACCAGAGAACUUUGUGAAAAUGAAGAACUUUAUGAGUGAACUGGUGAACAAAUCUGACAUUGGAUUAGAUCGUGUCCAUUUUGGUGCUGUCCAGUUCAGCAGCAGAAACAGAGAAGAAUUUCGGCUCAACCAGUACACCACGAAAAGUGACAUUAUCAGUGCUAUUGGGAGAAUGUCUCUUAUGGGACAGAACGCACUUACUGGAGGAGCGUUGCAAUUUGUGUUGGAUUAUUUCAGGCCUACAAAAGGCUCCCGGCCCUAUGUGAAGAAAAUUCUAAUUCUUCUCACAGAUGCGGAAGCACAGGAUGAGGUGAAAACUCCGGCAGAAGCUUUGCGAGAGGAAGGCAUCAUUGUCUAUUCUGUGGGGGUAUUUAAUGCAAAUAAAACACAACUGGUGGAAAUAAGCGGGAAGCCUGAGAUGGUGUUUUAUGUGGAGGAUUUUGACUUUCUGAAGCACUUAGAAAAUGAAAUCCUCUUUGGAAUAUGUAGCCCAUAUGAUGAGUGCAGGAGGAUAGAACGCCUAGAUAUUGUUUUUGUCAUUGAUGGUUCUGGAAGUAUAGACCCUAAAGAAUAUGAUAUUAUGAAAGACUUCAUGAUUUCCCUGGUGAAAAAAUCUGAUGUUAGCCAUGAUCGAGUUCAGUUUGGAGCUGUAAAAUAUUCUGCUGAGCCAGAAACGUUCUUCUAUCUUAAUGACUACACUACAAAAUCAGCAAUUAUAAAGGCUAUUCAGAAUGAUAAAUCUAUUGGGGAAACGACAUACACAGCCAAGGCAUUGAGACACUCAGAAGCUCUUUUCUCCGAGAAGCAUGGGAGCCGCAAACACAGGAGUGUCCCCCAAGUUCUGAUAGUGAUAACUGAUGGGGACUCCCAUGAUGCAGCAGAACUUGAUGAAGUAUCAAAGAGGCUCAGAGAAAAUGGCAUUAUUAUCUAUGCCAUUGGGAUAGAAAGAGCCAGGCCAGAUGAGCUUCUGACCAUGGCAGGAUCGGAAGAUAAAUACUUUUAUGUAAAUACAUUUGAAGGGCUAAAAAGCCUGUAUCCCAAAAUAUCUGAUAAGAUCUGCAGUGUUUCAAAACCAGAAUGCGGGAUUCCAGCUGAUUUGGUAUUUCUUAUUGAUGGAUCUAACAGUAUAAGUGACAGUGACUUUACCAAGAUGAAGAAUUUUUUGCAAGAUGUGGUUCAUCCAUUUGACACUGGUCGCAAUGUACAAGUUGGUAUUGCUCAGUACAGUGACAGGUACCGGGAAGAAUUCAGCCUGAGCAUGUUCCCACACAAAUCAGAGCUAGAAACUCAAAUUGGACGAAUUAGACAGAUGGAAGGACUUCAGACUUACAUUGGUGCAGCUCUUGAGAGAGCGAGGCACUUCUUCACACCAGAAGGUGGCAGCAGAAUAAAUGAAAAAAUUCAACAGAUUUUGCUUGUGAUAACUGAUGGACGAUCACAUGAUAAAGUGAUAAAAGCAUCCGAAGAUCUGAGAAAGAAAGGUGUUGAUAUAUAUGCCAUAGGAGUAGGGAGAAUUGACCAUUUGCAGCUUAGUCAGAUAGCUGGCUUCUCAGACAGGAAAUACACAGUUGAUAAUUUCAGCGAACUGAAGGUAAUUAAAAAAAGACUAGUUGAUGAUAUUUGUGAGGAAGAAAAUAAAACAACAUGCUUCAUGGAUGUUGUUGUGGGAAUAGAUGUCUCCUCACAAAAGCAAGGUGACCGUGUAUUUCAUGGACAGUACCAGCUGGAAUCCUACCUUCCUCACAUUAUAAAUGCCCUCACGUCCUUAACUGGUGUGAGCUGUAAUGUAGGAUCACAGUCACAAACUAGUGUGGCACUGAAAGUGGAAAACACAGACCCACCUGUGGCUUCAAAGUUCCAAAUCGACAGUGAGAAGCUUCUGAACAGUCUUGUGGGCACCACCAUCAAGAAUGCAUCUCAUCUGAAUGCGGAGUUCUUGAAUUCUCUUUGGGAAACAUUCCAAAUCAAAUCUGCAAAUCGAAGAAAGGUGCUGCUCAUAUUUUCGGAUGGCUUGGAUGACAGUGUAGAAAUCCUGGAAGAGAAAUCAGAAGAACUUAGGAAAAAGGGACUGGAUGCAUUGAUAACUGUUGUUCUGGAAGGAGCUUCAAAUUUUAAGGACCUUCAGUACAUUGAAUUUGGAAAAGGAUUUGAAUACAAGACACAGUUGAACAUUGGCAUGAGAAAUAUUGACAGUCAGUUAUUCAAGUAUAUGACCAACAUUGCAGAACGAACCUGCUGCUGUGUGUUUUGCAAGUGCAUUGGUGAAGAGGGAGAAGCUGGCAAUGAAGGAAGACAUGGAAUGGAAGGUCUUCGAGGUUUUAAAGGAAGUCCAGGACAUGCAGGAAAUGAAGGAGAAGCUGGUCCAAGAGGGUUGCCAGGACCAGAUGGAGACAGAGGUUACAUGGGAUGCAGAGGUAACAAAGGUCCUAAGGGGCAGAGAGGAAUAAUUGGUCGAAAGGGAAACAGUGGGGAGAAAGGAAUGGAUGGCAUUAACGGAGAGCCAGGCUCUCAUGGGCUUCCAGGAAUUAAAGGUGAAAAGGGUGAAUCAGGCAAUCAGGGAAGCCCAGGAUCAAAGGGAGUCUCUGGAGUACGGGGUGAAAAGGGUUUUCGAGGAGAUCAUGGUUCCUCUGGGGUAGAUAACAACAUAGUAGGACCAAGAGGUUUAGAAGGGGAAAGAGGAAUAGAGGGUGAGAGGGGACCAAGAGGCCUUACAGGAUUUCCAGGCUCCAAAGGAACCAGAGGACGCCAAGGUCAAAGAGGUCCUGAAGGCCCCCCAGGUAUAAAAGGAUCCCAAGGACUCAAUGGUUUUCCUGGACAGCAAGGAUUUAAAGGUCCACAGGGUGAAAGAGGAAUUCGGGGAGUGAAGGGAAGGAAAGGAGAUCAAGGAAGAAAAGGGUUUCCAGGCCAACCAGGAGUAGCAGGUCCAUCAGGUGUUCCUGGGAACUGGGGAACCAAAGGAAAUAAGGGAGAGCCUGGUGAUCCUGGGUUGAAAGGAGAGAAAGGACUACCUGGAUCUUAUGGGAUGAGGGGAGAUGAUGGUUCUGUUGGCUAUGGUGGGACAGGAAAUAAAGGUGUAAAGGGCCAAAAGGGAUUUCCUGGAGCUGUAGGACAGAAGGGCAAUGUUGGUAACACCGGAAUUCCAGGAGAACAUGGGCCAAAAGGGAUCCACGGACGAAUGGGUCCUGCUGGUGCUACUGGUCAGAAGGGGACACCAGGGGAUCGUGGCCCUCCUGGACACAGGGGUAUUAAAGGCGCCAAGGGUGUUGCUUCCUUUUCACCUUGUGAGCUCAUUGCCUACAUUCAGGAGCACAGCUCUUGUUACCAAGGAAGACGGGAAUGCCCAGUGUAUCCCACUGAGUUGGUAUUUGCCUUGGAUGUCUCCCAAGACACCACACCCCAGCUAUUUCAACGUAUGAAAAAGAUUGUGAUAGAGGUUGUGAACAACAUCAAAAUCCGGGAAAGCAACUGCCCAGUUGGAGCCAGGGUGGCUGUCGUAUCCUACAGCUCUGAAACCCACCAUCUCAUCCGCUUCUCAGAUUUCCACAGCAAGAGUCAGUUGCUUCGAAAACUCGGUGCUCUUUCUUAUCAGAGAUCAGCAAAUAAAGGUGACCUUGGUGGGUCUAUGAGAUAUGUUGCCAGAAAUAUCUUCAAGAGAGUUCUCCCAGGUGCUAAUGUGAGGAAGGUUGCUGUGUUUUUCAGCAACGAUCUGUCUGUUAAUCCAGAUUCUAUUAGCACAGCAGUUCUGGAAUUCAGUGCGUUGGAUCUUGUCCUGGCAGUUAUCACUUUUAAUAACAUCACUGAGGUCAAUCAUGCUUUGACGAUUGAUGAUUCCGAACACUUUCAAGUCAUUACCAUUCCCAGCAAGGAAAACUAUACCCCAUUUUUACAUAGACUGCAACUAUGUACUCUAUGCUACGAUAAAUGUAAACCAAAUGCUGCUUGUGAACAUACCAGAAAAGAACACCCACCGUGGGCAUAUGUGGAUAUUGCUUUCAUUUUGGAUAGCUCAUGGAAAAUGAAUCCCAGUGAAUUUGCGAAGCUGAGGACCUUCUUAAGCAGAGUACUUGACAAUUUUGAGGUGUCCUCUGAGCCUGUCAUUUCUUUGGUAGGUGACAGGGUGGCUAUAGUGAGCCAUGCUCUACCAUCUUUCCAACCCCAAACACAGAAAAAUCCAGUAAAGAAAGAGUUUGACUUAAUGACUUAUAGUGAGACACAGUUGAUGAAGAAGCAUAUCCAGGAAUCACUUCAGCAUCUGGGUGGAGAUCCUGCUGUUGGCCAUGCCAUCCAGUGGACUCUUAACCACAUUUUCUCAUCAACUCCCAGCCUCAGGAAACACAAGGCUAUUGUAGUUAUAUCUGCUGGGGAGACAAGCUCCUGGGAUAAAGAAUUAUUAAAGAAAGUGUCUCUCAGAGCCAAGUGCCAAGGCUAUGCCCUGCUGGUACUUUCUUUGGGACCUACCUACAAUAGCACUGAACUUGAGGAGCUGGCAAGUUUACCUUUGGAGCAGCACUUAAUUCAGCUUGGCAGAACCCACAAGCCUGAAUUGGAUUAUGCACUUCAGUUCCUGAAAGCAUUCCUACGCUUCCUUCGGAAUGGAAUCAACAGCUACCCACCAGCAGAACUCAGAACAAAAUGUAACAAGAUCAACAUUCAGAAAACCAGAUACACUCCAAGGAGCCUUAGUCUCAUGUAA